UGUUUCUGUCCUUAAAGAACUGAUAUUCAAUGGCUGGAAACAGAGGUGCCAAGAGGCUGAAAUGAAUAUGACUACUAUCCUACAAGAGAUUUUGAUUAAAAGAUCACAGCAGAAGAAGAGGACCUCUCCUUUAAACUACAAAGAGAGGCUUUUUGUGCUUACAAAGUCCAUGCUAACGUACUAUGAAGGUCGAGCGGAGAAAAAGUACAGAAAAGGAUCUGUUGACAUUUCAAGAAUCAAAUGUGUAGAAGUUGUAAAAAAUGAUGGCAUUAUUCCCUGUCAAAAUAAAUAUCCAUUUCAGGUUGUGUAUGAUGCUAAUACACUCUAUAUUUUUGCACCAAGUGCACAAAGCCGGGAUCAGUGGGUGAGAAAUCUGAAAGAAGAAAUAAAGAACAACAGUGAUAUAAUGGUAAAAUAUCAUCCUAAAUUCUGGACGGAGGGAAUUUAUCAGUGUUGCAGACAGACAGAAAAAUUAGCACCUGGCUGUGAAAAAUAUAAUCUCUUUGAAAACAGUAUAAGGAAAGAACCCUCUCCAAUGCCAGAAAAAACUAAGCGAAGGCCUCCGCCACCUGUUCCCCCAGCUGAAGAAAAUGACAGUGAAGAGGAGGAAAUAGUGGUAGCAAUGUAUGACUUUCAGCCUACAGAACAUCAUGAUUUAAGAUUAGAGAAAGGUGAAGAGUAUAUGAUAAUUGAAAAAAAUGACAUUCACUGGUGGAAGGCAAGAGAUAAAUAUGGAAAUCAAGGAUAUAUUCCAAGCAACUAUGUAACAGGAAAGAAGUCCAACAACCUUGAUCAAUAUGAAUGGUACAGCAGAAAUCUGAACAGAAGUAAGGCAGAACAACUCCUUAGAAAUGAGGACAAAGAAGGUGGUUUUGUGGUGAGAGACUCAAGUCAGCCAGGCCUGUAUACAGUUUCCCUUUAUACAAAAUUUGGAGGAGAAGGUUCAUCAGGAAUAAGACACUACCAUAUAAAAGAAACAGUGACAUCACCAAAACAGUUCUACCUCGCGGAAAAACAUCUUUUUAACUCCAUUCCAGAAAUAAUUGAGUAUCAUAAACAUAAUGCAGCAGGUCUUGUUACCAGACUGCGUUACCCAGUGACCCCGAAGAAGACGACAGCACCAACAACUGCAGGGUUCAGCUAUGAGAAAUGGGAAAUUAAUCCCUCUGAGCUGACCUUUAUGAGAGAAUUGGGGAGCGGUCUCUUUGGAGUAGUGCGUCUUGGGAAAUGGAGGGCUCAGUAUAAAGUAGCCAUCAAAGCAAUUCGGGAAGGUGCAAUGUAUGAAGAGGAUUUCAUUGAAGAAGCGAAAGUAAUGAUGAAAUUAACACAUCCUAAAUUGGUUCAGCUGUAUGGUGUGUGCACGCAACAGAGACCAAUUUACAUAGUGACAGAAUUCAUGGAACUGCUGAACUACCUGAGGCAAAAACGUGGCCUCCUGAGCAAAGACACCCUGCUAACUGUGUGCCAAGAUGUGUGUGAAGGAAUGGAGUACCUGGAGAGGAACAGCUUUAUCCACAGAGACCUGGCUGCCAGAAACUGCUUAGUGAAUGAUUCGGGAGUGGUCAAAGUGUCUGAUUUUGGCAUGACAAGAUAUGUCCUUGAUGAUCAAUACACAAGCUCUUCUGGGGCUAAGUUUCCUGUGAAGUGGUGUCCCCCAGAAGUUUUUAAUUAUAGCCGAUUCAGCAGCAAAUCAGAUGUCUGGUCAUUUGGUGUGUUAAUGUGGGAAGUAUUCACAGAAGGAAAAAUGCCCUUUGAAAAAAGCUCCAACUAUGAAGUGGUAACUAUGGUUAGCCAAGGACAUCGUUUGUAUCGACCCAAAUUAGCCUGUAAACUAGUGUAUAACGUCAUGAUGAUGUGCUGGCAAGAGAAACCAGAGGCGCGCCCUACUUUUGAAGACUUGCUUCACACAAUCAUUGACAUUGCAGAGGGUGAAGAUUCUUUCUGAAGAAACAUGGCAGCAACCCAAUACAGGAAAUAGUCCACAUUCGAGAGCUGUAGCCUCAUCAUUUCUUUAAAGGCUUGAUCCUGUAAGCUGCUGGAUGUUGUUAAACAGUGUGGGGAGCCUGUAACGUUUGCUGCCCUUCAAUCCAGGGGGUUAUAUGUGAUGCUGGGAAACAUGCACAAUACCAUCAGCAAUACUUGCAGUCCUUAUGUUUUCCUCUGAAAAGUCAGCAUCGCAUAAUGGACAAAUUGAGCUCUGUAGGGAGAAAGAGAGAGAACGUGAUCAAAGCCCAAGAACUUAGUUUGCGUUUACUGGGUUGUGUUUAUGUAUAUACAGUCCACGUUUCUGAGUUUCUGAGUUUCUCUUUACUCGGGCAGUAGAAAUGGUGGUGGUAGUAGUAGUAGUGAUUUGCAAGCUUUAAAAUUGGAGGUAUCUAUUUAUAGCUAAUUACUGACAUUGAAGUGUUUCCAGAGAUUCUGCAGAAACAUUAUUUUUCUCAGUUCAUGGUUGCUCUAUGACACCUCAAGAACACAAAACAUGCUUCUUUCCUUUGCACAUAGUGAGUUGCCAGCAAGGCAGUCAUUGGUUUGGUAUAACACUCAGAAACUUUGCCUAAGAACCAAGCUGUGACGUGCCAAGACCUUCUAGGGCCUUUCGUCAACCAAAGACCUUCCAAGAUUGGUCUUUACAUUACACGUGAAAAAUAAAUCCAUGAUUCAGCACAACUGGCUGUCAGUGUACUAUAGUACCUUGGUGUUGAUUAAUUAAAAAAUAAUUUAUACGUUGUAUGUAUUGUAAAUAUAUAAAUUCUAUACAUUUAUUUAUAUACAGUGCGAGUGUUCUCCCCUUGAAAUUUUCAGGAAUUAGUUUGUUCUACCUUAACUUGCAUAUGCAACUCAAUACAUGAGAUUGUAAAUGAAAGUACACCCUCAUAUGAAUUAAGGGAGCGCUCGUUUUCCUAUCUUUGUCAUCUGUAUGUACAACAAUUUAACCUUUCUGUUCUUAACAGAAAAUGUCAUACUGUGUGUGUGUAAAUAAACAAUGUAAACUGUUGUUUGCAAGAGUAAUGUGUUGCUAAUAAUUUGUUGACACAGUGCUUUAUCAGCCAAGCUCAUUGCUCAUAGGAGUCUAUUAUGAUAACCCGUGUAUUUGUGUAUCU